AGCCGCGGGGCACGGCAGGACGGGCCGACCGCGGCAGCCUCGGGCAGGAGCCGCGGGGCUGGGCCGCUGCCUGGCACCUGGUGCUCUGCCGGUGUGGGGGGCACCGCCUGGGCCCGGGGCCCUCGGGCGGUUGGGCAGAAGCACCGUUCCCUGUCCCUCUCCUCUCUCCAAAUGCCUGAGGCCGGGCAGCGGCGCAGGAGAGGCCGGGGGCCCGCCGCCGGCUGCUGUCUGGUCAGGCUCAUCUUCCCCGGAGACUUGUCAGGGCCUGGGAGGAGCUGGGCCUGCCGGGCUCCCCACGCAGCACAGCUGUAAGGGCUCGCUGCUGCUGUCAUGGUGCUUUAGGGCCACGGUGAUUUCCACACGGGUCAGAAAUGUUAUGUGUGGCAGUGCUGGGCUGGGCGCCUGCCCUGAGUGGCUCUCUGCUUGUUCUGGCUCAGCCUGCGUGUCAGGCACGCUGAGAAACUGAAGUAAGAGGCAAGCUUGAGUCUUGAGACUUCUGAUCGCCCAGGGUGACAAGGAGCAGAAGGUGGCAAAAGUACUUGUGGGCGCGAGGGAAGUGUUUCUGUCAGCUGUAUUCAGGACAUGGAGGAGCCAAAAGUCCAUCAAAGGAUGAGCCUGGGGGAUAGCCAACCUCCUCCACAGCCACCCCGGUGAAGGCCUUUGGCCGCUGAGGGGGGGGAUGCUGCAGGCAAGAACCAGGGACCUCUUCCUGCCAAGUGCUAAAUGUGCCCCAAACACGGGUGGGGGUGCAAAUUGUGUCUUGUGCACCUUCUACUGUCAUUCCCUAAGCAUUUACGCUAGCCUAGUCUGGUGCUGCUGCGGGAAGGGGCGGCCCUUCUCCCUGGCCCUUUGCUCCUGUUCCUGAGUUCUCCCUUUCCUCUGGCCAGUGAAAGUGUUUGUGCAAACCAUGCAUGAACUGGCUUGGGGAACUGCUCUAGGGUAAGACAAACCUGGCAGAAAGCAGUUUCGCUCUGGCUGGCAUCUUGAUCCAGUAUGUGCUGCAGCCACAUGGGUCCUCGCACCGGCACAAUGGCUGGGAGAGCAGAGGGCAAGGACGCACCUCCUCUCUCAGCAGCAUGGCCAGGCUUUCCCAGCUUGGAGAAUGACUGAGUAAGGUUUUGUAUAAGCACCUAGACCAUCAGGUGCUUCUUGGAGGUACACCUGGCAUCUAUCCAGGGCAGCCUUUCACCAUCUCUCCCCUGCAGCUGCUCCUACAGUGCCGACAUUAGUGGUGCCAAAAACUCCGUGCCCCUGCACACCCGGGGGCUGAGCAUCCUGCUUGGCUGCGUGUUUCCUGGUGGCAGAGAGGCAGGAAGUCUCAGGGAUUAGAACAGGUGAAUGGGAAUAACCUGUGCUUUGCCUGCGCACCUCCAGAAUCCUGUGGUGCCCACAGCGGCCUUGGGCUGCCAUCAGUCUGGCAGCUAGAAUCAGGCAGAGCUCCAGCCCUGCUUGGUUCCUGCCUGCCAUUAGGAAUAACUGUCGGCAAAGCGCCCGAGGGAGCCAUGCCCCCAGUGAGGUGUGAGAGCAGCAGGCUUCUCCCGGAGGAGUGACAGCAGACACACGACCCCUUCUCGGGCAGAGGGUGAUCCUUUCUCAGCCCUCCAGGACCCUCCUCGGAGCUUGCUGUUGGCUUGCCCAGCAGUUACCCUAUGCCACCCCUUCAGCAAAAAAUGCUUUCCCGUGUUUGCCAAGCCCAGGUUAGCUUUCUCAGUGCUGGGAAGCAUUUGUAGCCAACCUGUUUUGGUGUUGGUGCGGGCUGGAGCUGAGCAACAGCGUGCUGUUGGCGUCAGAGGGCCAGCCUUGUGAAGCACAGCCACAUUCGCCGCUGCAAGGGUCCCUUCCCAUUCCCUCUGCAGCCAGAGGCACUUCUGCAUCCCAGGGAGACCCAGUGUGUGUAGCAGCUUGGGGGUGGCAUUGCUGUCCUCCCACACUUUCAAGCUCUCUGGGGGUGAUGCUGGGCCCUGCUCAGCGUCCCCAUCUCCAGGUUGUUUCGGGUCCCUCCGCCGCAGGUGGCAGGAGCUGUCUGUGCCAGGCAGCCAGGCUGGACUUGGCGCUUGAGCUUUUCUCUUGGCUUUUGUGGCUCUUGGUUACAUGGCCAAGCUGGCCUGAAGAGAAACGGUUUGGGCGCAAUGCCUGUUGUGGGGCUGGCUUUGCCAAAGCUGAGAGCAGGGCAGGACCGCUUUGCUUUCUGGGGUCCCUGCAGUUUGUGGCUAUGUCUCCAAGUUUGUGGCUACUUGUUGCCCCGAGCAUUUCUAGAAUACAAACGCCCCAGUGAUGUGGGGUAGGUAACACAGAGCCACCAGCGUGCUCUCUCUGACUGAGCAUUUCCCUUGGAGGUGCCUCCUGUCCCUGGCCGUGCCCAAGCGUAGCUAUGGGGUCUGUGCUUGGUACACAGGUGAGGGCAGGACAAGGUGUUCCCGAGGGCAUGGCUUGCCUCCUGCUGAGGGAGCAGCAGGCUCAGUUUAGCUGGGCUAGACCAGGGUGCUGUCAGGCUCAGCUCUGUGUCCUCAGAUGGGAGCAGGACCACGGGGUGUGGUGUGAAUCAGUGCACCGGCAGCUGCUGCAGGCUGCCGGCACCUGGGGGUGGGCAGGAUCCGUGCGGCAGGGCCUGCUCCGCCGCAGCAAACCCCUGCAGACUGGUGAGCGCUACCAGGGUCAGGGUGUGCAACCAGGGCAGUGAGGGAGGAAGCCUUCCCAGCUCUCUGCUUUCACCACCUCCACAGCGGCACCUCUAGUGGGACUGUUUUCAGUGGGUUGUUCCAGCUCUCCUCUAUUGAAGCCAUGAACACCCGAGGGUGAAAUCAGAGAGCAAAACCGAGACCAACCCUUGGGCCAGCAGCUCCCAAACCCAUAGGGGAGUUGGCUCUGCCUGGGAAGGCAUGUCUAAGGGGGCAGGGGCAAGCACCCUGCCUGCCCUGCCCUCUCCCUGGGGCAUGCGGAGCAGAGGUGUCCUGUUUCCAGGCCAGGCCCCGCUGACGCUGUCUGUAAACCGGCAGGGAGAUGAAUACGCAAGGUGCAGUCAUGCUGGUUAAGCUCCCAGCUGGUGGGCGGAGGGAGAGGAACUCUCCUUUUGCCAGGGAGUGCUGCUCUCAUCUGUCACGGGAGACUGUCCCAGGCCUGUUCCCGCUUCUCCCCUUUCUUCCUUCUUAGGGUGUUACUCACUCCCGUUCCCACCCUCUUACAUGGGGCACUGUUUGACUGAAAUAGCUGCUGCCCCGAGCCGUGGGGUGGGCUGCCCCACUUGACCCUGGAGGCUCAAUUUUGCAGAUCAGGGCCUUCCCAUGUCCUCACCCUCAGCUCUGCCUCUGGGUGUUGUUAGCGCCGGCGGCUUCUCUGGGCCAGUGUUGCUGUAGUGGGAACCAUGAGCAUGACAAUUGCUUUCCAGGUUUUUAAUGUGUGCCACAUAUGGAAGACCCCUGGUUGUAUCUUGGGAGCUCUGACAAGCCCAUGCUUUUGGCAGUAAGCGUUGUAACAGCUGUGAUGAGGCCACUAGUUCCUUGCCAGAGAGUUUGACCACAGAGAGUCGCCAAGAUAGCUGGGCCAGGAAGAAAACGUCGCACCCCUGACCCAGACUCCAUUACCGACCCCGGUGGGCCGUUUGUGUCCUCCAAACGGCUGAAAAUGUCCAGCAGCACCAAUGCCCCUGGUCAGAGGAGAGUGUCUCGGGGCUUGGAUGAUGCCACCAACAAGAAGAAGCAGAAGGAUCGAGCCAACCAGGAGAGCAAGGAAGUGUCUCGCCCUGAGCUCGAGCAGGCUGAGACUGCCCAGGAGAAGGACUCAGAGGAGGAGCUGCUGCUGGACUGGAAGCAGAACGCUGACGAGAUCAUCGUCAAACUGAACUUGGGCAGUGGAGCUCUGAAGGUGGAGGAUGUAGAUGCUGCUUUCACCGACACGGACUGUGUGGUCAAACUACCAGACGGGCGCCAGUGGAGCUGUCAGUUCUAUGAGGAAAUUGAGAGCUCCUGCAGCAAGGUCCAGUGCAAGAAGGGCAACUUUCUACAGCUUGUGCUUCAGAAGAAGAUCCCACUCCAUACCUGGUCUUCGCUUCUGAAGAGAAGGAAAGACGGAUCCAAAGAGCUGGCCAAAGGGACCACGUGCUGGGAGAACGGGAAGGAGAAGGCUGCUUCUGCAGAGCUAGCCCCUGAAGAGCCGAGGGCUGAAGGUGCAGAACCGUCAAGGUCCCGCCGGGAGCCCUCCAACCCCAAGCGCGCUCCAGGAAGAAGUGAGGCCCUGGGAGGGAAAAGCCCAGCCAGCCCAGGGACACAGAGCGGCCCCAGCGCCAAGCGGGCAGUAUACCUCAAAGUGGCUCCCACUGAAGAGGAGCCAAAUGCCAGAGUCACUGGGAGCGUGGAGCCCAGCAAAGGGCACAGCGGGAGGGCAGGCAGCCGCCGCAAUGGGAGAGCCAGCCAGGUCGAUGCGCCCACAGCCCUCGCAGACCUCGCACCGCCACUGGAGAAGGCUGUGGUUUUGGCCAAGGAAAGUGUUCCUGUGGAGAUGCCACCUCUCGCAGCUACCACAGAGGUGUUCCCCCACCGUGUUGCCACCUGUGUGGAGAAGAGGGUCCUGCAGCCAGGCAGCCCUGCUGAGGCCUUGCGGGGCCGGGACUGCACGCCUGUCCUGGGAGAGAGCUCUAAGACUGUCCCAGCAGCCACCCCUCCCCCGGGCAGAGACGGUGAGAAGAGGGACUGGUCCAAGGAUGAUGUGGCUCUGGAAGCAGCGGCUGAUGAGCCAGAGCCUUUUGUGAGCCUGACCUUUGUCAAGAAUGACUCAUAUGAGAAGGGCAAUGACCUGGUGGUAGUGCACGUCUACGUGAAGGAGAUCCACAAGGAGACGUCCAAGGUGUUAUUCCGGGAGCAAGACUUCACACUGGUGUUCCAGACAAGUGACACAAACUUCCUUCGCCUCCAUCCUGGCUGUGGGCCCCACACGGUGUUCCGGUGGCAGGUGAAGCUCAGGAACCUUAUUGAGCCGGAUCAGUGCACAUACAACUUCACGAUGUCCCGCAUCGACGUCUGCCUGAAGAAACGCCAGAGCCAGCGCUGGGGGGGGCUGGAAGCUCCAGCCACACGAGGUGCAGUGGGUGGUGCAAAGGUUGCCAUGCCUACAGGCCCUACCCCUCUGGACAAGAACCCCCCGGGCAGUAACCAGCACCCCCUGUCCAGCAAGGAGGAGGCCCGAGCCAGUGACAAAGAGAAGCCGCGUGUGGAAGAUGGCGGUCUGGAUGGCGUGGCAGCCCGUACAGCCCCAGAGCAUGUGGCAGUGAAGCAAGAGCCGCACAUCCCCUCGCCCAAACCGACGUGCAUGGUGCCACCAAUGACACACAGCCCUGUGAGCACCGAGAGCGUGGAGGAUGAUGAGGAUGAGGACGAGAAGAAGAAGGUCUGCCUGCCUGGCUUCACGGGGCUGGUGAACCUGGGCAACACCUGCUUCAUGAACAGCGUCAUCCAGUCCCUGUCUAACACCCGGGAGCUGCGCGACUACUUCCAUGAUCGGUCCUUUGAGUCUGAAAUCAACUACAACAACCCGCUGGGGACGGGGGGACGCCUGGCCAUUGGCUUUGCCAUGCUGCUGCGAGCGCUGUGGAAGGGCACGCACCAUGCCUUCCAGCCCUCUAAACUGAAGGCAAUCGUGGCCAGCAAGGCCAGCCAGUUCACUGGCUAUGCCCAGCAUGAUGCUCAGGAGUUCAUGGCCUUCCUGCUCGAUGGCCUGCACGAGGACCUCAACCGCAUCCAGAACAAGCCCUACACAGAGACUGUUGACUCGGAUGGGAGGCCUGAUGAGGUGGUAGCUGAGGAGGCCUGGCAGCGACACAAGAUGAGGAAUGACUCUUUCAUUGUGGACCUCUUCCAGGGCCAGUACAAAUCCAAGCUGGUGUGCCCAGUGUGUUCCAAGGUGUCCAUCACCUUUGACCCCUUCCUGUACCUCCCCGUGCCCCUCCCGCAGAAGCAGAAGGUGCUGACCGUCUACUACUUUGCAAAGGAACCGCACAAGAAACCCAUCAAGUUCCUCGUGAGUAUCAGCAAGGAGAACUCCAGUGCCAUGGAGGUACUCGACUCAGUGGCCCACAGCGUGCGCGUGAAACCAGAGAACCUGCGCCUGGCAGAGGUGAUCAAGAAUCGCUUCCACCGCAUGUUCCUGCCAUCCAACUCGCUGGACACAGUCUCCCCCACAGACCUGCUGCUCUGCUUCGAGGUGCUGUCCCCAGAGUUGGCCAAGGAGCGGGUGGUCGAGCUGCAGGUCCAGCAGCGUCCACAGGUGCCCAGUGGCCCCGUCGCCAAGUGUGCGGCCUGCCAGAAGAAGCAGCUGCCGGAGGAUGAGAAGCUCAGGCGCUGCACGAGGUGCUAUCGAGUCGGUUACUGCAACGUAGCAUGUCAGAAAACACACUGGCCAGACCACAAGGCUUUGUGCCGCCCCGAGAACAUCGGUUUCCCCUUCCUCAUCAGUGUGCCAGAGUCCCGCCUCACCUAUGCCCGCCUGGCCCAACUGCUGGAGGGCUACGCAAGGUACUCAGUCAGCGUGUUCCAGCCUCCAUUCCAGCUGGGCCGGAUGUCACCGGACCAGGGGCUGCAGCCUCUGCUCCCGGACAAGCUGGACCCCCUGGCCAAAAGCAGCUGUGCAGCAGCCACCUCUGCCCCCGAGCUGGGGGAUGUGGAUAGGGCUACCAGCCUCCUGCAGGAGCCCCCACUCUCGCCAGCUGUGCCUGAGCUGCACCUGGAGCUGGGGGACACUGGCACUGUCCGGAGCAAGGUCCUGGCAGCUAGGAGUUCCCUGUUGAGCUUGGAUUCGGGCUUCUCUGAGCACAUGGAGUCGCAGGGCGACAGCUGUUGUGAGAAGGAGCCAUCCUAUGAGAGAGCACUCAAGCCAGAAGCUGCCAUCCCUGGGUACCAGCACACUCCAGACUCGCUGAGUGCCCGUGCCACGCAGUUUUACAUCAACAAGAUCGACGCUGCCAACCGAGAGCACAAGCUGGAAGAUAAAGGUGACACUCCCCUGGAGCUGACAGACGACUGCUCCCUUGCCCUGGUGUGGAAGAACAAUGAACGCCUCAAGGAAUUUGUGUUGGUGGAGUCCAAGGAGCUGGAGUGCGUGGAGGACCCGGGCUCGGCCAGCGAAGCAGCCCGGGCUGGCCACUUCACCCUGGAGCAGUGCCUCAAUCUCUUCACCAAGCCCGAAGUCCUGGCCCCGGAGGAAGCGUGGUACUGCCCCAAGUGCAAGCAGCACCGCGAGGCCUCCAAGCAGCUGAUGCUGUGGCGGCUACCCAACGUCCUCAUUAUCCAGCUCAAGCGCUUCUCCUUCCGCAGCUUUAUUUGGAGGGACAAGAUCAACGACAUGGUGGACUUCCCUGUCCGGAGCCUGGACCUGAGCAAGUUCUGCAUUGGCCGGAAGGGCGAGCAACAGCUGCCCAUGUAUGACCUAUAUGCUGUGAUCAACCAUUACGGAGGCAUGAUUGGGGGGCACUACACAGCGUACGCCCGCCUGCCCAACGACAAGAACAGCCAGCGCAGUGACGUGGGCUGGCGGCUCUUUGACGACAGCACAGUCACCACCGUGGACGAGAGCCAGGUGGUAACCAGAUACGCCUAUGUCCUCUUCUACCGCCGGCGGAACUCUCCUGUGGAGAGACCCCUGCCAGGGCACCCCCCAGACCACCGAACCGAGCGCACCCCCUCUGCGGAAGCUGCUGCCAGCCAGGCUUCUCUGAUCUGGCAGGAACUGGAGGCUGAAGAACAAGAGCUGCAGCUCGAGGCACCCCAAAGGCCUGCAAGAAACUCCUGGAGGCCUCGUGGCCAGAAGCGGAGUCCGGGCACCCCCCAGCACCCAGAUGAAGGCUGCGUCAGAUACUUUGUCCUGGCCACCACGGCCGCAAUCGUGGCUCUCUUCCUGAAUGUCUUCUACCCGCUCAUUUACCAGACCCGCUGGAGAUAGGCAUGGGCACGUGGCCAGCUGCGGGAGCAGGGCUGCCGGGCACGCACGCACUGUCCUAGGAUGCGACGAAGAUGUCGGGCGGCAGGACAGAAACCGCCGGGAAGGACUCGCCGAGGGAAGUGUGGGGCUGUCGGCUCCUGCCUGUCUGCUCUGGCAUCUCCCGUGCCAGCUGGCAGGGCUGCGUGGCCAGCCUGCUGCCUUGCCAAGGCGCAGCCCAGAACCAGGAGCCCCUCUGCCCUUCCUCCCUCCCUCUUGCUGUCUACUGGGAGCGGGGCAGACCUCGUGGCUACCUGCUGCUCAGGAAGGGACAUUGCUGCUGCAACGUGGCUGGGGCCUGGGAGCCCCCCAGGAACAUCGACCACCUUUGCUUGGCUCCCAAGAAAGAAGCGGAGGCCUGGCGGGAGGCUGCAGCAAGGGCAGGAUGCCCUGACACGGGUCCUUGUCCGGGUGCCUCUCCCAGCUGUGCUGCUGCGGGAGCCUUGUGCUCCCCAGGGCUGGCGUGACCCAGGGCUCCUGGGCCAGCCCGGUCCCUCCUGCCACCCUCCCCCUGAGCCUCCUGGUACCAGCUGCCCCUGCACUGGGAGUUGUGCGCACCAUGCCCCCAUGCUGGGGCUGAACGGGCUUGUCACCGGAGGCUCAGCCCCGCCACAGCUCCUCUCCCCCGGGCAGCUUCUGGGGAGCCUGGCAAUCUGGGCUGGGGUGCCCGUGGUGAGCACCCGCCUCUGUGGCCUGCUGGCUCCCACCAGCCCCCAGUGCUUUGGGGCAUGUGGGCUGUCCCUGCUUGGCCCCAGCAAGCUGUGUCUGGGGGGGCUGGGUUUCUGCCGGGGGAGUGCGGUGCAAUGCCUCGUUUGCGAGGAGACCGGCUGCCCAUGCUGCGGGAGAGGUGUGGGCUUGGGGAGUGCAGGUAGGACCUCAGUGUGUUAAUAAAGCCAGGUUUUCCAAA